ACUUUUACAUGCAAAACAGUUGGCGAAUAACUUACAAAUGAUAUCAACAGAGUGUAAUACCUUCGAUUCUGUGAAAAGAUUGCUUGCACAAGGUUAAUGAGGCACGUUACAUCCAGAUUAAGCAAGCCAGACAUGCACAAUCGUAGUUCGUCUACUCCGUUUAAACCAUGGCGUUGAUCAGGCGAAACUGCCUUGCUGCUUGUCGUUCGUGCUGUAAUCACACAUUAUUGCCAAGCUUUGAACUGACACAUGCCUACACCAUUCGACUGUCCGCCUCUGCCAGCACAUCACAUAAACAAGAAGACACACAGAAAACGAUCAAAGACGACGGAUUGGGACUGCAUGACUUUAUAUCAGGAGAGCUGUCGGUGAAAAGCAAAUGGGAAGAAUACAGGGGCAACCUAAAGCGCCAGAAGGGCGAACGGCUUAGGUUACCACCAUGGCUGAAGACCGAGAUUCCUAUUGGGAAAAAUUACAACAGACUCAAGAACACACUUCGAGAGUUGAACCUGCACACUGUGUGCGAGGAGGCGAGGUGUCCUAACAUUGGGCAGUGCUGGGGGGGCGGAGAAUACGCCACUGCCACAGCAACCAUCAUGUUAAUGGGAGACACAUGCACACGUGGCUGCAGGUUCUGUUCAGUAAAGACAGCAAGACGGCCUCCUCCUAUAGACCCAGAGGAGCCCUAUAACACAGCCAAGGCCAUCGCUGACUGGGGCCUCGACUACGUGGUGCUCACAUCAGUGGACAGAGAUGAUAUUGCUGAUGGUGGAGCAGAACACUUUGCAAAGACGGUGUCCUGUCUCAAGGAGAGGAACCCUAGAAUCCUGGUAGAAUGUCUCACCCCUGAUUUCCAUGGUGACCUGGCAGCUGUGGAGACAGUCACUCGGUCCGGCCUGGACGUUUAUGCUCACAACGUGGAGACUGUCAGAGAGCUGCAGAGGUAUGUGCGAGAUCCGCGUGCGAACUUUGAGCAGUCUCUCGGUGUGCUCUGCCAUGUUAAGAGAGUCAAACCAAGCGUGCUCACCAAAACCUCCAUCAUGCUCGGCCUGGGCGAAACAGAUGCUCAGAUACACUCUACAAUGAAAGAGUUAAGGAACUCGGGAGUGGACUGUCUGACCCUGGGUCAGUACAUGCAGCCAACUAGACGGCAUCUGAAGGUGGAGGAGUAUGUCACCCCUGAAAAGUUUGCUCACUGGAAGGAGGUGGGUCAGGAAAUGGGGUUCCUCUACACAGCAAGUGGUCCACUAGUGCGCUCCUCAUACAAAGCAGGCGAGUUCUUCCUGAAGUACCUGCUGCAGAAGAGGAAGACGGAUGCGAUGGUGGAAUGAAUCCAGCUAUUUAAUGUAUUAUGUUCCUUAAACCUGGAAAAUCUCUGUAGUGGAAGUGUUUUAAUUUAAUGUCAGGUACUGUAGUAGGGGCCCACAAUAAAAGUGGUCAACCCAAUGAUGUAUUCUUUGGUUUUUCCCCAAAGAGGGAAAACCAUCAUGCACACACUUAUUAGUGACUGAGGAAAAAGCAUGCUCUACUUAUUUUUUUUUAAAUGUUAUCAGGGAAGUUGGUGCAAAAAAAAGACCAAUGUCAAAUGAAUAAAGAUACAAAAUCUUUAACCCUUUUUCUUGUAUACUCUUCACACCAUAAGAAAAGGUUGUAUCAAGUAAUUACUUUAUAAAUGGAAAAGGAACUGUAUGAUGUGCAUGUUUAAUAUCUACUAAAAUGGCUUUGAUGUGUUAGUUUUCUUGGCAAAAUGCAAAUAAGAGCAGAAUGACAUGGUUUUCAUUGGUCCAUAUUUAUUCAAGAAAUAAUUGCUAUGGUUUCAUAUUAGUGUUACAAAUCUAUAUGAAAAUUGUAUAAAAAGUUGUCUUCAUUAAACUAGCACACUGACAUGGCCCGGUUACACAAUCUGCAACCAUCCAACACUCCAGUCACAUUUACUCAGAUUCACAUGACACAUUCUGUAUAAAAAGUACUGUUAAGCUA